AUGACGCAGAAGAAAAUCGUAAGCUCCAGACUGGCCAACUUUAAGCAGCCUAAGGGAUCAAGAAAUUUGUCGUGCAUUAACACUAGCCGCAGUUGUGGCGCAGCAAGUACGCCGGGUCGUUUGAGCUGUCAUUCAGCUGAACUUUUAUGGAAUGGUCUUGUGCAAAAGUGUUUGGGGGUGGUAGAAGCAAAGCGCCGUUUUGCCGCUUGGAGAAGCGUAAAGCUGAAAGUGCUAGGGGAGCGAAUGCGUGGUGUUAGCCAAGCGCAGUAUUCGCACAGCACUAUACGGAUAUACUCUGAAAUCGAACAUGUGCCGUCUACCUUUCGUAUUUGCGGUACUGAACGCGCCCAUUUUCGGAUAAAGUGA